CUACACGAGGCGGAUAUAAUAUUUGGGUGUCUUAGAGAAAAUCUUGACACUAGACGUAUGGAAGUGACUGUCAGACUCCAAAUUUCUCGCAAAAUAAGGACUUAGAAUAAGUUCUUUUUCACAAUACUCAGGCACAGGUUCCGUAAGUGGUUAUGGAGCGGUUUCGACCUUUGAUAUCACAGUCGAGUAAUUUUAUAGAUCCCCUGACUGCCAGUUUGGCAAAAGAUGAUGACUCAGUGUCAGUUGGGGAGGAUCCAAUUAUUUGCUUAAGCACAGCUGCCCCAACUGAGAGAUUAAGCAUGAGACAAGAGGAUCAUUUCAGUGCCACACAGCCAACCAGGGUUCUUGGUGGUGGCCUGCCGUAUGCUGCAGAAUGGGCACAAAUAUGUAAGUGUGCUGGGACAGAUGUUAUGCAGACCCUUGGCCAGUCUGGGGAGAUGCGAGCAAGCAGGUUUCGAUCAGUGUGUUGGAGAAUAUACCUUGGGGUUCUACCAGGAGAUCAUACUCAGUGGUUAAAAGUCAUAAGAGACGAGCGUGAGAGGUAUGAAGACAUCAGACACCACCUGAUGAUCACUCCCGGACUUGGCGAUGAGACACUAGACCCACUGGUGAACAACCCCCUCUCUCAGCAUGAACAGAGUCCAUGGAACCAAUACUUUGAGGACUCGGAACUUAAAAAGUUAAUCAGACAAGAUGUUGUCCGCACUUUUCCGGAAGUUGAGUUUUUCCAAUCACUUCGCAUCAGGGAUUUGAUGGUCACAGUCUUGUUUUGCUAUGCUCGUCAAAAUCCAGAGGUCUCAUAUAGACAGGGUAUGCAUGAGGUGCUGGUCCUGAUCUAUGUAUUACACUGUGUUCAAGUCAUACUGGGCAUGUACGAUCAUGCCGUGCACGCUAUGAUACCAUCACAAUCACCCAGCAGCGGGCCCCUGGCCACUACAAAUACAGCCCAGGAGGGAGGGCUUUCGUAUCAGGAAACCACUCGGCAGCAUUGGAGUCAAGCCACUAUCACUGCCCAACCAGUCAUAGCCAUUGUACAAAGUUCACUACCAGCAGUUGCCAUGACUAGGUCACCACCGGCCUCCAAUCCCCGAGGGGGUGGACGUUGCAUCCUUUCGGCUUACAACACAGACACAUACGCUUUGCUCAACCAAUGCUUCCUCGAUAUGACCAUGCCUUCAAAACCAACAUUAGGAUCUUCCCCAUAUAGUGCAGAGAUGCCCGAUAAAACCCUGGGUUGCGUAUAUCACCUAAUAGAUCUACACUCCAACAUUACAACAGGUACAGGGUUUAAGCUAGAAUAUCAUGAGCAUCCAUCACAGAUGCGCAGUAAUUUGGAUUAUGCUAUGCAAGCAGUUCUUAUGUGUAGCACUGCGUUAUUGUCAAAUUCAGAUUACACUAUGCGAACUAUGCUGGAAGCAUCUAAAAUCAAAUUAAGUAUAAAAGUAAAGGGCAGUGUGAUCAACAAGUUAGUCCAUCACCAUUGCACUCAGGUUUUUGGCCCAAUCCUGAGUAUUGAGAUUGUCUUGAUACCCUGUAUGGUUUUGACUACUCUUCAAGGUGCAAUAAAAAAGGGAUGCAAGGCAACAAUUUCUGAAAUCGCCAAACUAGCACUGUGUGUACCCACUGUCGGCUACUUGAGCUUAGAGACCCCAUCCUUUGGCCAGUUCAUUGAUUUAGGUCUCCUUAAUGCAAUGGACUAUAAUUUGCUUUAUGUAGUGGUAAAUGUUCUUCAGGAAAUUAUGGACGAAGCUUAUUUAGAACAUGAUGCAUACUGUUUAUUUGAGGGUGUGAUGAAGGGACUGGAGCCAUGGUAUGUAGUCUCAGAAACAGGAAGCCAACCUGACCCUCGAUCUACUCUAUUAAAUGCUCAGCCAUUUGCCAGGCCACAGGACAUAGGACCAACAAACUUGCUAGUUCAGAAGCUGACGAGCAUCCAUGAUAAUCUCCUACAACGACAUGACUCAGCCCUCUACUCCCAUCUUGCCCGUCUCGAAAUUCCUCCUCAGAUUUACGGCAUUCGAUGGAUCCGCCUGCUGUUUGGAAGAGAGUUUUCCUUACAAGACCUCCUCAUGGUGUGGGAUGCAAUCUUCUCAGACAGCCAACCAACCUUCCCCCUAGUGGACUUCCUCACAAUUGCUAUGCUGUCAUUCAUUAGAGAGCCAUUGUUGAUGGGUGACUACACUACUUGCUUGAAGUUUCUUAUGCGCUAUCCAGCAGCUGCAGAUGUUCAGUACAUCAUACAGCUGGCUCUUCACCUGCGCAACCCUAAACAGCAUCCACGGCCGCCAGGAUAUUCAAGUGGAGCUUCACGCCACAUUCCAACAGUAGGGGGGCGCCCUGAUAUUCACAGAGGACCUCAGACAUUAGUGCCCCCAGAAACUGCAGCAAGAUCAUCCAGUGUACCUCGCACCCAGCAGUCAAAGAUAAAGAAGAGGACCACCUCAGGGGAACAAGCUCCGGCCGCAGCUGAAGGCUCAACAGCAAGGAGGCUGUCCUCCCCAAAUGCAUUUACUGAUCCAUUAAAUGCUGCAGUGAUCUUCAGUAAUAGUUCAAGCAGCAAUAGAAAUAACAGUGGGAAUGAAGCACGAAAUGAUAAUGGUUGUGACAGUAGCAGCAGCAGUAGUGUGAACAACCAGGGCACGACUAGAGCCAGCAAAGUAGUCUCUGGAUUGGUGCGUUUGGGAGGCAAACUGGGUAGACCAAGAGAUUUGCCUGUGUCACGCCACUUGUCCAUUCAGUCCCCUCCAACUCCUUCACCUAAUACAGUUGCUUUUGUAGCAUCCCAAGCACAGAGUGAUAAGUCCAUGCCUCUGGUGCCAACCAUGAAGGAACUAUCAGUUGUCAGGACCAAAUCAGCACCUGUAAGCAGCAGCAGGAAAGAACAGGUGUACAGCAGCAAUCAGUCUUCAGAUGAGAGUGAUGAUGAUGAGAGCACAGAGAAGAGGACAUCUGGAGAUGCUGACACAGAGGUAAUGACUGUAGAGGAUAUGUCAGCUGUGUGUCUAGGAUGUGCCAUGAAAUUAUCUCAUCACUCGGCUUCCAUCAAGACCCGCUUAUCACAGCUCCAAGUGCAGCCAGAUGCAUCACUUAGGAUGGCACUGGAAGGGAUAGCAGAGGUUAUAGAAACCCUAUCCGGGGUGAGAAACCAGCUGAGUGCCUCAACUGGGAUGGUCUACAAUGGGCAAGUGGAAGAGUGCACAUCCCAGACUGCAUCAAGCCUGACAUGUGAGCCGGCAGAGCACCACCCACUUUCCCAUCCCUUGAGUGUAGAUGAGCAGAUUACCUGAAUAAUAUUGAUAGAGCAUUAUUCAUUAUUAUGUAAAAGAAAUAUCAUGAUAUACAGUAUAUACUUAUA